CUUUUGAGAGAGAGAGAGAGAGAGAGAGACUCUAGUUGGCCAAGAACGUGAGUAUAUUGUUUAAUCUUGUGCUGUAAGAGUGUGAGUGUGAGGAUGGGCCUGCCGCUGUCAGCUGCUGUGACUCUAGGGCUGCUGUUCUUCCUCUCUGUGGGACUGAACAAGCAGGUGGCCGAGGGCUGCAGAUGUGUUCCAAAAGAACUGCAACAGGCGUUGUGCCAUUCUGACACAGUGUUUCGAGCUAAGAUCACUGGACAGGUGAAAAACAAUCAACUAACUGCAUACAGUAUCAAUAUGAUCAAGCGAUUUAAGCAUGUCAACAAAAAGCCAAUUCGGGUCAUCUACUCACAUCAUGAUUCAUGUGAAAUCUAUCUGGAAAAUAAGGAGUAUCUGCUGUCAGGAAAUGUCAGUGAUGGAAUGAUCUUUGUUAAUUCAUGUGACCUUGCAAAGCACUGGGACAGUGUCUCCUCAGAUGAAAAGCAGUACCUCCGCAUGUGUCCGACAGGCUGUGACUGUAUUAAGAUCUAGCCCUGUACUGAAGUGUCCUUUUUGAUCAAAACGCCCUGAAGACCAAGUGCAUCAGCCAUUCACCAGCGUGGAAGUUUGCCCUUUCGUUUUUCAAAAUGCUUAGAAUGCUUAGAACAUGUUUUAAAUGAAUUUAAACAUUUUACUGAAGCUUUGCAAUGCAGUCAACAAUUACAUACAAAACACUGUUAUCAUGGCGAUAUAGAAUUAUGUAAUCAUUAAACUGUUUUGUAUGUGAAAAUGUCUGUGUAUUUAAUGGAAAUUGUAUGCAAGUAUGUUUAUAUAAAUUUGGAUGUUCUUAGUAGCAAUCGCUUAUAUAAAAUGCAUUCAUCUGGUAUUGAUUUUUUCACUUGAUGAGCAUCAAGGUUAAAAAAGAAACAGUUUAAUUUAAAAACUGUAACGACAGUUAUAUACAGCAACAUCAACAAGCCACCAACUUCCACAACCAACUUCACUAGAAACCACAGAAACAACACAUUAGCUUGUUUGCACAAUGCAGAAAGCUGAUAAUGAUUUUGAAAUAGAAUUAUAGAGUUAUAAUGACGCAGUGUUUAUGCUCUGCAUAAAUGGGGCGCUACUGAGAUAGACUGUGUGCACUUCCUGACAACAAAUAAACUAAUGGAUUUGUUUAUC